UGCAAUAUGCUUGCAGUCAAACAUUUUUGUUUGUUCAAAAUGUUACGAAUUACACAUUUUUUGUUCAUCUUUCUCUUCAGUUGCUGUUUAUGUCUUCAAGAUGAAUACUAUUGGCGAGAUUAUACCAACGGAGAAGUGCCCCCAGAUGCUAUAAUCGGAGGCCAAAAUAGUGAAGGUGUAGACAUUUAUAUUGGACAAGUGUACAUCCCAAACAAUGGUCUCCUGAUCGGUGAAAUUUUUGCUGGAAUACAAGAAGUAUAUGUUCCUAUUAAGGGAGUAAAGAAGGCAACAGAAGGUAUAAAAAUACUUUGUGGCCCUCAACAAAGCUUAUAUUGGGAAUAUGCAAAUAAUUCUACUAUUCAUUCACUACUUGUUAAUCAUGAUGCUGUAAUUGGUGGAGUUCAAUUCGACUCUGACACUUCUCUUGGUACAGUACACAUUGGAAGAUUAACUUCACAUGACAAAGUUGGAAGAAUUCCUAGCUGGGCCGAAAAUCCUUGGAUGUCCUUUUAUGAUACUCAAACAGAGUGGUCAACACCAGUUUAUGAAAUACUUUUAUACAAAAAAAAAUAAAAAUAGAGAUAGUAAAUCCGCUAACAACAGCAAAAAAUAUCCAAUGUGUUCCAAAGGCUAAAUUACAGUAGUAAUCAACAGUGUAUUAAAAGAUAAGGUUUAAAAGAUAAUAAAUGGCUACUUAUUUUAAAA